AUGACCUCCGCGAACAACUCAUCCUUCUUUCCACCACAAGCACAGCGUUCCUACGCCAACGUCGCCGCCGGUCUCCAUCCUACCCAUCCUUUCAAUACCCUCGCUGCUGCUGCCGACAGCGUGAACACCUCUACAUCAUCUCUACCCUCCGAACAGCAUCAGUACGCCGAAGCUCCGAGACAGCGAGAGCGCAGUCCACCUCGAAACAUGGACAUAGACGGGCAGGGGCAGUCGUGGAAAAGACCUGGGUCGGCGUGGUCAAAUGACUUUGGCGGCAAGUUGAAUGGCAAGAUAGGGUGCCAACGACACGACGAGCAUCCGCCUUUUUUCACGCCUUCGUAUCUAAAACGUUCGCGGCAUGUGCAGCGGCUGGAGAAGGCAUGGGAGGAGCACGUGAGCGAGCUGAAGGAGGAGAUGCAGCGGAAUCCACCUCAGCCGAAGCAGCCGUCGCUGUCGACGAGCUCGAGCAAUGUCAAUCUGAACAAGAUGCAUACGCAGCACAUCCAUCGCGCGCCGGUGCAGGACGUGAUCGAGCGGUUACCGCCGCUCACAGAGGAGGACAAGACACAUCCGCUACCCAGUCGGUGGAGCGAUGGUGACCACAUCAGCGGGCUGGAAGUACUAGCGGACGGGACUGAGGUGCGGUUUACAGGAGUUACAAAGACGUCGGACGAGGCGGCAUCUGUGAGAUCAGACAAUCCUAUGCCGAAGGAGGUUGGGAUAUACUACUUCGAAGUGACGGUGUUGUCGAGAGGGAAAGAUGGGCUGAUUGGGAUCGGGUUCUCGACUAGGAAGGUCAACCUCAACAGAUUACCGGGCUGGGAGGCAGACUCGUGGGCAUAUCACGGUGAUGAUGGAUACAGUUUCGCGUGUACGGCGAGCGGGAAGGCAUAUGGUCCCAGAUACUCGUCGACGGACACGAUCGGUUGUGGCGUGAACUUUCGGACGGGCAAUGCAUUCUUCACCAAGAAUGGCGUGUAUCUCGGUGUCGCUUUCUCCAAUAUCAAAACGGAUAACAUCUAUCCUUCGGUGGGGAUCAAGAAGCCUGGAGAACAUCUGCGCGUCAACUUUGGCCGCUACCCGUUCGUCUUCGACAUUGACAGCAUGAUGCGAGAAGAACAAAUCUCCAUAAGGAAAGAUCUUGACAAGGCGGACGUCAGCAAAUUACACCCUCCAGACAAUGAGGAUGUCCUCAUACACAACCUCAUUGGCCAGUAUCUAGCCCACGAAGGCUAUGUCGAGACAUCGAAAGCCUUCAGCAAAGACGUGCACGAGCAGCAACAGUCACUUUCGAGCUCACCUCAGCCCUACCAAGCGCCUGACUCUGACGACGACAUCCAUGCCUUCAAUCGCCAGAAGAUUCGUAGGUCGAUACUGGACGGCGACAUCGACCUGGCGCUCAAGUUUGUCAAUACUUUCUACCCGCGCGUGCUCGAAGAGGAGGAGAACAGAGAUAUCCAAUUCCGCCUCAGAUGUCGCAAAUUCAUCGAGAUGAUGCGCCGGUGUCACGAACUUUCUGCCGCCACCUCCUCGCCCACCACCGUCACCAAGUCCGUCGCCUCGCUCGAUAGCAACGGGCAUGACAGCAACGGCCACGCCCACGACGAACCAGCCGACACACAGAUGGAGCUCGAUGACCAGCUGCACCGCGAAGCAACAUCUCAUAGCAACAACAAUCUCGACCCUGCUACUAACGACGUGGACAUGGACACCUCCCAGGACCUACCGCCAAAGGCUUCAUUCAUGAAACACCAGGACCUCCUGAACGAAGUCUACAGAUAUGGCGCCGAGCUGCGAUCCGCCUUCAUCAAUGACCAGCGACCGCAGAUACAAAAGAUGCUCAUCGACAUCUUCGCACUGAUGGCGUAUCGAGAUCCGACGGAGAGCGUGGUGGGUGGAUUGCUGGAUCCGAGCGGUAGGGUGGAUAUUGCUGAGGAGGUUAAUGGGGCUAUACUUGUGAGCCUAGGCAAACCCCCCUUCGCCGCUCUAGAGAAGCUCUGCGCGCAGACGGAGGCCCUGCUGGACGAGACGGCGAUGCGGAACGGUGGCCCAGCGGCUUUUGUCAACAUCCGACAGGACUUUUUGCGAGGUUGA